AUGACAGAGUCAGACAUAGUUAGAAUAGGAAUUGACUUAGGGACAACGGUCGUGGUGGUAGCAACAACGGAGGGAGAAGUGCCAAAGGUAUGCCAACAGUUUCCGGCAAUCGUAAACCUGUCCACAAACAAGGUCGGCGAGAAAGCAAAGAUUGACGGCAAACCGCAAGACAUAAUCUACGAAGCAAAGAAAUACAUGGGGGCGACGGCGGUCGAGGCGGCGACCAUCACCAAAGAAGCCCAUCACCCAUACAAGAUGGAUGGUAACAUGUUUGUCGGGACAGACAAAACGAAGACGCGACCAGAAGAGUUGUCGGCGGCGUUACUAAAAGAAGUUAAGGCGAACUUUCCAGGCAAGCAGGUAGAGGCAAUCAUUACAGUACCUGCAUACUUCAAAGACGCUCAGCGUCAGGCAACCAAAGAUGCGGCUGAAUUAGCAGGUAUCAAAGUGCACGAACUUCUCAAUGAACCCACAGCGGCAACACUUACCUACACAGAUCUAGUUCCAUCUGGGGCGAAGAUCCUCACGUGUGAUGUAGGCGGCGGCACACUUGACAUCUCAGCGAUUACCAAGACCGACAACAAGCUGAAAGUCGAGGCGACGUCCGGCGACCCCCACAUGGGCGGCCGUCAAAUCGACCGAAUGCUAGCGAACUGGGCACUAAAGAAAACAAAGAAGAAAACGACGACUGUGACGGCGAAGAUGCUAGAAGAUUGCAAUCGGGCAAAACACUUAUUGACGACCCAGGAUCAAACGGAAAUCCAAAUACUGGGCGAAAAGGUCAAGAUAUCGCUGGUGGAGUUUGAACGCCUGGUGAGGCCAUUCCUCACCAGAAUAAACACAUACAUCGAUAAUACGUUAGAACUGGCAGAAUGGACAAGAAAAGACGUGGAUAUUGUGAUAUUGGCGGGCGGAACGAGCCGAGUGAGGGUGUUGCGAGAAAUCGUGGCAGAAGAGCUGCCGGAGGCAUCGAUCAUGAACGGCGUCGAUGAGGACGAAGCAAUCGCUCUUGGGGCGGCGCAUCGUUUAAGGGCCCUCACAGCACCUCCUGAGGCGACCGGAAUAGUAAUGGUAACCGAAAUAGCAGGAGAGACGAUCGGAGUGGGCACGCUUGGCGAUGUGUUCUCCCCAAUCCUUUGGAAGAACACACCCCUACCGGCGACACGAACCCUACCGUACAAGACGUCGGCGGAUUUUCAAAGCCAAGUCCUGAUAGAGGUAAAGGCAGGCGAUGAUUGCUGGGCGUCCAACAACAGGCUGCUGGGCGUGUUUCAUAUGGAGGUACUCCCAAUGCCACGGGGCGAACUGACAGUUUUUGUAACAUUUAAGAUGUCAGUAGACAACAUAUUGACAGUAGUGGCGACAGAAGAUGGUGGUUUACGCAGAAAGAAGACAGUCUGCAUAAAAAAGACUGGGGACAGGAAUCUUACUAAAGAAGAAAUGAGUAUUUGCUUGGCAAAAGCGGAGAAGGCGGCGGCGCAGGAAAUAUCGUAG